AAUCAGCUGAUUCUGAUCGGUAUGCAGGCGACGUGCAAUGCAUUUCGCGACGAUAAUUAACGUCAACAUUAGAUAAUUUAAUUCUUGUGAUAAUUUUUUGGUGACAAUGAUUUUUUAACGCAUCGUUGAUAUUUUUGAGUGCAAACUGGGGUUUUUUUCGGAGCACGAGUGUCAACGUGAUGUUUCGGAGUUAAAAAAAAACAUUUUAACAAUGAGUCCAGCUUACGUAUCAAGAAUAAACCAACUGGACGCCCUCGAAUUGGACGAGGAAAUCCACCGUAUUUUCGUGGCUCGAGCCCGAGAAAUAUCUCGUCUCUUCACUCCUGGGAUCACCGAAAAAUGGACACCAGAGAUAAACGCGGCCCUGAGAUCGCUCAUCUUUCUAUUUUCGCUGGGGACUGGAAAGUCUUCAUUCGGUCAGAAAUUGCUCGAUCUGACUUAUGUCGAUCUAACGCGAAAUAAAUCAGCCCUCUUUUUCCUCCUUUCGGUCCUCCCGAAGUACCUCGAGGAUAAAUACGUCGAUCCGAGUAGAAUUCCCGUCACACCGCGUGAUAGAAUAAUCAAGAAAUAUCUCGAGAAAAUUAUCAACGUUUUUAGCCUAGUGAGUUUCAUCAAUUUAUUGGUUUUCCUCAAUCGAGGAACGCAGCCGAUUAUUCUGGAGAGAUUCCUCGGGAUCUCCAGCAGGAAUAUAGCGACGACCAGACCCAGGACCAUCGGAUACUCCUACAUGACUAGGGAAUUACUGUGGCAUGGGCUCAUGGAGCUGUUCACGAUAGGUCUACCGAUGAUUAAUUUUCAUUACUUGAAGAGGUGCUUCGUCUCCUAUUUCAGUAGACGAGGUGAAAAAGACGGGGGAGUGGAGAUUAUUCCCAGGAUGACAAGCCAGACGCUCUGUCCUUAUUGUGGAGAGACACCGGUGCUGCCUCGUCACGCUGGAUGCCAUCACAUUUAUUGUUACUACUGCAUGAGUGCGCAUUUUAAAGUCGCUGGGAGCUUCAAUUGCGUGGCCUGUGAAACUGAACUACAUUCGGGGGAUAUGAAGGUGUAUUCUGUAUCUUCGUGAUGUGAUAAUAAUAUUGAGUUUAAGGACUGCGGUUUGGGGUGCAGGGGAGGAUAUUUUGUA